UCGAGAUCCAUGCUGAACUUUACAUCUCGCAGUCUUUAAGCUCUUGGGAGUUGGCCUUGCUGAAUUUCUUCCCCUCUGAAGAAAAGCUGCAUCUUGGAGAAGAAAGUAGACGUGCCCGUCGAAAUAAAAGGAGUAAAGGUAGUGAAGGGCCAGAUGGUCCAAGUUCAGUUAAAAACAAGAAAAAAGAAAUACAGGACCAGGCAGAGGGAGGGAAUAAGAGAACACAGCUGCUGCUGAUGAAGCGAGCGUUGCUACACUCAUAUGUUGGAACCAUGAGGGCCAGGAAGCCAGAAACAGGUAAAAAGACUGGUCCUCCAGGGCCCAAUGGCCCUCAAGGGCCACCAGGGCCUCCUGGUCCGCAGGGUCCUCCAGGCAUCCCAGGGAUCCCUGGAAUUCCAGGCACGACUGUAAUGGGACCUCCUGGCCCUCCUGGUCCCCCUGGCCCUCAGGGACCACCUGGCAUGCAGGGCCCCUCAGGUGCCACGGACAAAGCCAGUUCGAGGGAGGUACAGCCAGCUGUGGUUCACCUCCAGGGCCAAGGUUCAGCAAUUCAAGUAAAGAAUGAUCUUUCAGGUGGAGUCCUCAAUGACUGGUCACGCAUCACUAUGAACCCCAAGGUGUUUAAGCUGCAUGCCCGCAGCGGGGAGCUGGAGGUACUGGUGGACGGCACAUACUUCAUCUAUAGUCAGGUAGAAGUAUACUACAUAAACUUCACUGAUUUUGCCAGCUAUGAGGUGGUGGUAGAUGAGAAGCCCUUCCUGCAGUGCACUAGGAGUAUUGAGACUGGCAAAACCAACUUCAAUACCUGUUACACAGCUGGGGUCUGUCUCCUCAAAGCCAGGCAGAAGAUUGCAGUGAAAAUGGUCCAUGCUGACAUCUCCAUCAACAUGAGCAAGCACACAACAUUCUUCGGGGCCAUACGCCUAGGAGACGCACCAACAUCCUAGAUGAACCUGGCAUGUACAAGGAGACUCCCAGAACUGCCUGGUGCUGCUGUUCAUAGGUGUUUCAGUAUUUCAGGGGGGUCUAUAAUCCAGCCACAAAGAAAACUGACCCAGAGCUAUUUAUUCCUUUAUGUGAAUGCAAAAAGAGCAAGGGUUCCUUUGCGUUGCCUGGAGACUUGGACUGGAAAGGCAGUUGAAAGCCAUUAUGAGAAAGAAAGGUGGCCCUGUCCUUUUUUGUCUCAGUGUUUCAAGCAUUACUGCACUGAUACUCUUCUCUGUGGUCCUCCCCUGAGGCUUCUGGUGAGAAUGAUAUGGGUUUCCUGCUUUUAUGUUGCACUAGCAAGAGCAUCCAUGGCAAGAGCAGCGGAAGAGAGACCGACUUCUGAUGGAUUUUUCUGUCCAGACACUCAUACACUGCUGCUUCUGCACAUGUAUGUGAGCAAGAAGCCCUUGUGGUUUCUUCUUUUCCACCUAUGUCAGACAGUUCUAAUUGCAAUGGUAAUGUAAUGUGAAAGGUGGAGAAUGAGAUCAACUGGGUGGUGUUUACAUUCAUCCUUUGGACUGUGAGAAUAAGUAGGUGAAGUGUCUCUAUACAGGGCUUGGAAGCAGGCUGCAAAUGCAAUAAGGGUGAAAGGAGCACCAAUAAUUAAUAAGAGAGCAGGCUGCUGUCAUGACUGCCUCUGCAUGUUGUAAGCCCAGUGUUGAGAUGUUCCUGACAGUGACAGGUUCCAGUGCCACUGCUACUUGCCACUCCUUCCAUGUGUCCACAGGUAUAAGUUGCCCUACUGUGUACUUCCUUGAAGUGUUGCUGUUGUAACAUCAACUUGUACUAACCUGCUGCAUACCAAGAAAUAUUUACAGAGGCUUCACAAUGCUGCAUGCUGCAGGCACAGAUGUCCACAUAAACACUUAAAAGCUGCUCGCUGAAAUGGGUACUUUUAAAAAGAAAAUAUUCAAGGAAGCAGGCUAAUAUUUUCCGAGUUAAUAGCAAUUAUGUGCUGGUUUUCAGGGGGUUUUUCUCAUUCUGUACAUCAGAAGAAUCUUUCAUUUUUGGUUUUGCAGCCCUCUACCUUGAAGACAUUACAGUAAGUGGUGAUGAAAUAAUCUCCACCAAAAUCUGUACUGAAGACUCUGGUCCAAUGCACAUGCCCACCAAUAUUGAGUCUGGUCCUAAUGUGACUCUUUGGUGUUAAUGGGAAAAUUAUGACACCAUAGCUUCUUUAGGCUUCCUAAGUAAUGCUUUCCCACCACCUCCUUUGGACUGAUGAGAGAGAAAGCCAUAAGGUGCAUUUGAGGUAGGGAAGGGCUCAGACUUCAGUUACUUCUCUGCAUUGUGUACCAUUUUU